CGGGUCCUCCUUCCCAAGAUGCUGAAAUCGUCAGAUCGAAAAGCCUUUCGUUAUAUCAUAGGCGAUUUCACUUUUGAUGACUUGAAAGCUCGCCAGCGCAGCCGACUUUAUUUGGAGAGAAAUCUGACGCGUGUUUUGCAGCGCCACCAAGAUCGGUUGGGCACGUGCGCAGCCCCUCCCAAAUCUGGAGAAGAAGCGUUGGGCACUUGUGUCGGCGCGGCUGGGACUCCUAGGACUGUUGCAGAGGUAGGCACAAGACCCUCCAGCAUCCAUACAGGGCAGUGGACCGUCAUGGCUUCCAGGUCAGUAUCGUCUGGACAGCCUGGCGAAAAUAGCGCAAAUCGUACUAGAAGCUUUCGCAAUCUACGCGAGAGAAAUUCGACCACAAAUGCCAAUUCCGAGCUCGUCAUAGACUUCAGCAAUAUCCGCAAAAAGCUCAAUUUUAAAACAAAUCUCCUGGAUGAGGACGAACGCUCCUCCAAACGCCAAAAGCUCAACGCAGUAAAAUGCAAGUGCCAUCUUACCAUCUGGGACAACCGCACUGAUGCGCCCUCUACCAUUCCCAGAGCCUUCUCGAGAGAUUGCCGUGUGACAGCAACUGAGACAGUUGCUGAUGGUGUAUUUGUAGAAGUUGAACUCGACAGUCCUUUCGUCAUCCAAAACGAGGACCUGCUGUUCACUUAUAACACCAAAGACGGAUUGAUAACAGGACUCGUCGAUAGAUAUUUCAUGGAGAUCAAGAUCAUCCCAUGCAGAGACGACAGUCGUUGGCCACCAAUGCCAAUUCUUGGAAAAAGCGAUGGUGAUCACUUCGCCCGCGAUGUUAGAGAUGAUUCUGGGGAGCUACAGGGAGCUGUAGUCGCUCGAUAUAUGCACUUACCCCAAGCUCCCGAAGCAGACGUUCCGCUGAGCGUUUUCUUCCUACAUGGGGGUCGAACCUACCGUACAAAAUAUGGUCUCUCUGUGGUUUCGAAAUGGGUGGCAGCGGGCUCAAAUCCACGACCGACAAAUGGCCUCGAUAUAGACUCGUUCAAAGAGCCCGAAACAGCGACUCCCAAUGUGACGACUCCGAAGAACCCAAUCAAGAAAUCAACGGUGUCGAAUACACCUAUCAUACCGGAAGUUCACUACAGAUUCAUUGCCACUUCCAGUAACCCGUCAAAUGAAGCAGAGGUAUUGCGACGUAGCAUUGCUAAAGGCUACCUUUGUCCAAUUUGUACUAUGUGGAAGUCGACCAAAUUGGCUAACCUUGAAUUUCAUCUGGCCACAACUCAUGCAAAGUACAAGUGGUUGGUACAUAGUCCUCGACAUGACGCUGCGAGAAGGGUGGCGACCCCUGUAAUUAUCGAAUGUCGGUCAAUCUCUCCAGCAAAAAGGGACGAGCAAAAGGACAGCAUCCUCACAUUUGAAUGGCAUGCCCCUCACAACCCCUUCGACUUGCCAGCAUAUCUUGGGGGCGAUGAGAAAUGGGUAAUUUCUGAGAAGAAGCACGUCCUAGCUCACAGAAAGCCUACUGAGCAGAAGAAGAAUGUUGCGACACUUCUUACUGCCUCACAAGUGCCUGACUUUCGCACCCCAAAUCGCAAAAGGUACGCCGCGGUCAAACUUCAUGCGUCGCCAGAACAAGAUCGACGAGAUUAUACCUCCGUCAGCCACCGGCCAGUCUCACCAUCAGAAGAGCCUCGCAGUGAAACAGAUGAUGAAAUUGACAAUGAAUGGCAGAUCCAACAGCAUAUGGAGCGCCUCGACAUUGUAGCGAAGAAGGAAGGCUGGAGUACCCAUGAACGCGAGCUUCGCAAACGCUGGGACAAGCAUCGCAUGGAAGAGCAGCUUGAGCAUCCCCGAUAUCUAUCCAAUUCUCUUGUGCGGUUUGUGAGAAAGAAUCGGAAGUGGUUAAGCCAUGGCAAAGAUGAUCUAUUGGAGAUCUUUUUCGACUUUCUUCAACGACUGAAAGAACGGCGCGUCAUUGACGACGAAGUCAUCUUGGAUGUCAACGAAAUGAUAUUCAAUAAUCCAGCCAGUCGCCCAUCCACGGCCAGCCAUGGCUUUCUGACGAAUGAGUUCAAGAGUCCCGGACUCAGAAACGGCUUUUCCAGUCCCGUUCUUACAAAUGGCUUCUCAAGUCCAUCCUACACUAAUGAGCACGAUAGAGAGCUAGAGAGAGCUUUAAGACCAAACACCCUCCUCACACCACAGAAGUCGACCGCUUCUACGAUGACUAGUGGAACUCAUGAGUAUAGCCCCACAGACAAUGCCAAGGUUGCGUUGGCCAGGCACGAGUGCGGCAUUUGUAGAAGACUGAUUAAACAGCCUAUCAGGAAUGCCACUUUCUGUACGGAUACCCGCUGCGAAACUGCCAGAACUAUGUAUCAUCGGAAGUGCGUAGAGAAG